UGAAACAUAUUUCAACUAGAUUACCACUGAUUACUAUUUUAAUUAUUAUAAAAGUGUGAUAGUUGUUCAGUGUAAAUCCGACUCGACAGCUACAUGUCAAAUGACAUCCAGUCUGCACACCUAACCUCACUUUUAAAAAUUUCAGUUACAACCCCCUUUUUUUUAAUAAAAAAAUCUGUGAUCAACCAUGUUCGCCACAAAAAAGAAACUCAUAUUUAAUAUUUUCCACAAAUCAGAUGUCUUCCGACCCUAUUGCCAAAAAGCAACGAAAGGCAAAUACCAGCUCAAUAAAAAAUUCGCCACGAAAACCUACGGACAACCCACCCACGAAACGCACCCCCAGUUGGUAAAAAAAGACGAAAUCACCCCCUUUGUAAAAAAAAGCGAGUUUGAAAAUCGCAGGCACAAACUGAUCGAGCAAAUCGCGACCUACGUGCGUGAGCGUAACCCAGAAAUAAAACAACACUUGGUCGUUAUUCCAUCAGCCUCGAAGCAGUACAUGUCGGAUAAAAUCCCGUACUUUUUUCGCCAGAACUCUGACUUUCUGUAUUUGACGGGGUGUUUGGAGCCCGAUAGUUGUUUGGUGUUGACAGCCACGGACACUCCGAGUCAACACUGCUCGGUGCUGUUUAUGCGGAGAAAAGACGACCACUCGGAACUGUGGGACGGGCCGAGGACGGGGCCCGAUUGUGCCCCGAAUUUGUUCGGAGUCGAUCAGAGUCUGCCGGCUGAUGAACUCGAAAAUUACCUGCAGUCGUACGUGCGUUCCAACAAAACUUCCACUCUCUGGUAUGAUUAUAUGAACCCCGUUCAGACCGAGGUGCACAAAAUCAUGUGCGACUAUCUCAACUACAUGGGGAAGAAGAUGUGGGAAUCGCCCAAGGUUUUUGUGCAUAGGCAGAGGUUGAUUAAAAGUCCGGCUGAGAUAGCGUUGAUGCAGAAGUCGUGCGACGUGGCUUCGGAAGCCAUCGUGAGAACCAUUCAAGCGUCUUAUCCGGGUAUCAACGAGAGCCAGAUUUUUGCCAAAGUGGACUACGAAUGUCGGGUGCAGGGGGCUGAGUAUUUGGCGUAUCCACCAGUGGUGGCAGGGGGCAGCAGGGCCAAUAUUAUUCACUACAUUAACAACAACCAGGUGGUGCAGAACGGAGACAUGGUAUUGAUGGAUGCAGGCUGCGAAUUGCAUGGUUAUUCCAGCGACAUAACCCGAACCUGGCCCAUCAAUGGUAAGUUCAGCCCCCAUCAAAGAGAAGUGUACGAGGUGGUCCUCGACGUCCAGAAACAACUGAUCAAAGAGUGUGAAACCUUCCCCACUUUGGACAGUCUUUUUGACACAAUGUGUGCCCUUUUGGGUAAAGGGUUACAGCAAAUCGGAUUAAUCCCGAAAAUACUGACCAGUCAAGCUUUAAUUAAAGCGGCGUAUCAGUUCUGCCCCCACCAUGUGUCGCAUUAUUUGGGGAUGGACGUCCACGACACACCCCUGAUUACCAGGAAUAUAAAAGUACGACCAGGGAUGGUUGUCACGGUUGAACCAGGGGUGUAUAUCAAUAACAAGCAAACACAGUUACCGAAGGAGUACCAAGGUCUGGGUAUUCGGAUAGAAGACGAUGUUUUAAUAACGGAAGAUGGACCAGUUGUGUUGACGCGGAAUUGCCCCAAGGAGGUGACAGAUAUUGAACACAUAGCAGGGCAUGAGCGGUCAUGAUAUCGGGUGUCUUUAAGCGCGAUCAGUACCCCUAGCGCCCUCUGUCACGCCCACGCACCACCACUACCCUGCCGCAGCACCCCGGUACUCGCUCGCUCCCUUACCAGAGGGCGGUGCGCCCUUUCACUCCCACGCGACGCAUUUCUAGCCGCCUUUACAUAGGACCCGAGCGGCCAGAUUCGGCAAGUUUUUCCAUCUGCGAACUUCACAGCUCAUUUGCGUAUCACCUUGCAUCCGAGGGGUCUUGGAGGUCCAAAUCGAGUAGUAAGUCGGCUUGAGUAUCAGCGGCGUAUCCGAGGGGUCCCGCAGGUCCGGCCGUGGAAAAACGCUCCGGGUGUUCGCGAGUGUACGAGUUAUCAGGACUGUUCGUCCGCGGAGUGACCAUUUUUAAGAACUCGUGUAACCAGUCUAUGUCUAUGCAGUGUAUAUACUAUGUUUUGUUGAAUAAAGUUUUUACGGAAUAAA